AUGAAAUUAGAUAUUCAAGUAACGCGUAUAGAAUGUAAAUUACCUAAUGUUUGUGUUUUAGAUAUUAAAGGUGAAGAAAUCUUACGUAUUGUUGGAGUAUAUGCAUCUGAAAGUCAAGAUGCUAAAAAAGCAGAGGUCUUCCUUACGUGGGCAGAUGCUAAUUUUCUUGCUCCAUUUACACCUGAAUUGUCUACUUCUUUGCGUUCGAAUAGAAUAAUUGAUAAUGCUUUAGCUGCUGGUUUAAGUAUCGAUAUUCAUAAUCAUAGUGUGAAACCUCAUCCAUACACUGAUUCUUCAUCUAUUGAAUAUGACAAUGUCGAUGAACCUAUUCCUGAAGUAACAUUAGAUGAAUUAGUAUUCACAGUGCAAGCAAAACGUAAAAAGAAAUCUCUUGAUGCUCAUGGCAUAUCGAACUUCAUGUUUAAUUUUCUGGAUAAAUGUCAUUGGUCUUUAUUCCUUAAACUAUUUAAUCACUCUUUCCAAACGGCUAUUCUGCCUAAGGCAUGGAAAGAUACUAGAAUGGUUUUAUUAGCCAAAAAAGAGUCUAUCUGUUCUCCUUCAUUAACUCGUCCUAUUUCUCUUAUCGACUCUUUUCUUAAAGUUGGUGAAAGGUUAUUUCUUUCUAGAUUUCGUGAUAUUUUAGCUAGAAGAGGUCUAUUACCCGAUAAUCAGUCGGGUUUCAGAGAUGGUUUUCGUGUCCAAACUCGUUUAUUGUUAUUUCUGGAGGAUAUAUAUAGUCUUAUGGCAAAUAGUGCUCCUGUAUGUACCAUCUUUAUUAAUUUUCGUUCUGCCUUCGAUCAAUUAUGGCAUGAGGGUUGCGUGGACAAACUAAUGAGAUUAGGUAUUCCUUUGUCUUAUUUAAGAUGGAUAGAAGCUUGGCUUCUUGAUAGAAGGUGCUUUAUUGAGAUAAAUAGUGAUAAAUCCAGGUGGUUUUCAAUUGGAAAAGGGGGUCCUCAGGGUAGUGUGUUAACUCCCACUUUAUUCAUUAGUUAUCAUUGUGAUAUGGGGCAAUUUCUUUCUCAAUGUACUAGUCAUUUUUUGCUGACGACGUUGCAGCUAUACUUGCAGGACAAUUAGGAGUACGAUACACUAAUCAAUCUAUUGAUCUUGAAAAACGUAUUAAAUCUUUUCUUGAUUCACUCGAAUAUUAUUCUUGUUUAGCUGAUCAGCCCUUAAAUAGAACUAAAACUGAAGCUAUGUUUAGUGCUCGUGCAAUAGGAUCCCCAGACUUCAACAUUACAUUUGAUAGUAGGGAUGAUAAAUGUAUUCAUUGGAAACAGGAGUACAAAUAUCUUGGCUAUAUCAUCUCAUCUAGACUUGGAUGGGGGAAGUUACUAAAGUAUACAGAAUGUAAAGUCCGGAAGAGAAUAGCACUUAUUAAAUCGUUUAAAUUGUUUGGUUGCUCGUCUCCUAGUCUUCAUAAAGCUCUGUUCUAUUCAUAUGUCCUUCCAUUAUUCAUCUGGUUAUAUCCUGUAUAUCCGCUAUUUACGCGAAAACAACAGGAAGACCUCUCUAGGUUUUAUUACUUCUCCCUCCGUCGUACUCUAUGUUGCCUCGAAUGGAAUGAAAAUUUUUUUUCAUAUAUUCUUGAUGAAAUUUUCUUGGAAGAUCGUUGCUCUAUAUACUGGAAUAGGUAUCUCAGAGCGUUAACUAAUUCGAUUGAUGGUAAUCUAAUUUUUGAAAAAGCUAACCUUGCUGACCUUAGGAAGAGUUGGUUGGGUAAGGAGUUCUCCAUCAUAGGGUUGAGAAGAUCUAAAAGAUUCGUCCCUUACAAAUCAAUUUUAGAAAAAGUUUUAACUUGGCUUUCGUCGGUUCUUUCUAACUCUUCUAUACCACAUUAUGAAAUGUCUGAAAUUGAGCUACUUCAACUCUUUCCUGAUUCUUUUUAUUAAACCUGUGAUCUAUGUCUUUUUCUGUCCGUGUUAACUGUUGUUUAAAUGUUGUUCAUGUUGUUCAUGUGCAGUCUGUUCUGUACGUGUGUUCGUUUCUUUUUUCUUAUGUUUAUUUUCUACUUUGCACUCUGUAUUCAUCUUGGAUGUGGUUUUCUCAUCAUCCUUUUUUGUUUCCUCUGCAUUGUUACAUGUAGAAUCUUUGCUUCUUUUUGUAUCUUCCGUGUACCUUUUAUUUCACUUUUUUUUUAUUUUUAUUUUUUUUCUCUCUUUUCUCAUUUCUGGUGCUGUUAGGAUCUUAGGAUCGCAGUUAUUGUAUAAUAAUAAAAAAAAAUGUUGUUGUAGCUAACAUGGCAAUAGAUUGAUUUGUUACUAAUUAUUUCUAUAACCUGUUUAUUCGACCAAUAACAUUCUUUAACAUACACAGUUUUGCGUUCUCUUCGAAUACAAUUUACGAGUAAUGCCGAUAACAAUCCUCUUUCAUUUUUAGUGUCUCCUUUUUUUUGUUUCUUUAUAUCUCUUACUAUAUUCUGUUCCUCCAACAAUCAAAUUGGUGCAUUAUGAAAAUAUUCAUCUAUUUCUCUUUUCUUUUUAUAUUGCCUAUCUCUAAUUGAUGAAAUUACAAUGUUAUAAUGAGUUGAAGUCAGUAAAAAAACAGAUAUACGCAGUUCUUUCAUUGGAUAAAUAUUCUUACAGAAAUCUUUGCGUUUUUUUUUUUCUACUUGUGGAUUAAAAAUUCCCGUGGGGUGAAUCAUAAUUAUUCUUUUAUAAUCUUCAAAAUUAUGUAUCUGAUAGCUGACACUGAUAGAAAUAAAGGACACAUGUGCCUAUAGCUCAGAAUUGUUGACUUUCACCGAAGGAAAAUUCAAAUAUUAUAUUAAAAAAACAAGACUAACUAGAAAAAUUAUUUAUUGAAAAUACAUUGUAUGGAAAGGUGGAUAUUUAGUUAGAAAUAUCAUAUCGUAUAUUCCCAGGUGAUAAUUUAACGAUUGAAAGCCAAUUAAAAAUACUAUAUGUCUGAGUUUCUGUUACAAAAUCAUCAUUGAAUUAUAUAAUUCCGUUGACACCAAUAUUCUGAUCGCAAUGAUGAUUACAUGAAUUGCUUCAGUUCAUAUUUUAGAAGGUUAGCAACCUAGAUCAAUUGUUCUGAUCGUUGGAAACGAUGUCUUACACGGCCUGAAAUGGCUUGAUUCCUGGCAUCGACGAUAGGAAACGAGGGCCGUUUUUCACCGGUUCGAAGACCAUAAUCCAUCAUACCAGAUUAAGAAAAGUGUUGCCAUACACCUUUGUUUGACGUUUACGACUAAAUUUAGCUACUCUUAUACGUCUGUAUUUUACAUCACUAAUAGUAUAAAGUUUUUGUAUCAUCCUAAUACUAGAUCUUAUUCAAUCUCAAAAAAUUAUUUACCCUAUAAAAAUUAUAAAAACCAAGAGAAAACACGACCUGAAAGAAAAUGAAUGAAAAAAAAUACUUUAUUGAAGUUGAAACUAAAAAGUGAUCUACAAUAACAAUAAAAAAGAAUUCAAAUUAAAAAAAGUCAUACUUCUAUAAUAUCUUAUUAACGGAUGACGUAAAAUAAAAAAAAGACUUGUUUACGCUGAAUUAAUUAUCACAAUUAUCUAAAAUAGAUAAUUAUAGAAACAAGAGUUGAUUUGGUGGUUUUAAGUCAUAUAUUGGGAGCGGACAUAUAUUUCUCUAGCGUUCUGUUCGUUCGUUCUUGAUUAGUGACUUGAAAUUAAAUGAAAACCUAAUAUGGCUAGUCCAUCUCUAAUCUUAAAGAAAAAAGUCUAAUUGAUGAAAUAAUCUACAUUAAAAGAAAAUCAUUCAAACUAAAGAAAAAUAUUCCUAUUUAAUUUGAUUGACAUAAUUCCAAAUAAGAAAUCAGUGGUUUGAAGUGAAAGAAUAUUAUUUAUGAAUGGAAUUGAUCGAUAAAAAUUAUGUAAAUGAAAGAAAACUAUGACACAAGCUGCUUCAUGUGUGAUGAAACAGACAGAGGUUUUAAGUCGAGAACAACCGAUGGAAUCAGCAUUGUUAGCUCAUUUCAACGAGCUUUCACUUUCUUUAUUUUGUUAUAUUCAAAAUGUCCUUAAAUCAGUCUACAUAUAUAAAACAUAAGAGAUAGAGAAGAGAAAUCAAAGAAGAAAGAUAGAUAGAAAAAAAGAAAUAACAAUAAUAAUAAUAACGAGAAACGACGAAGAAAAAAAAAGAGAGAUCAAGAGCAAGAUUGAAGGUGAAUCACCGUUAACAAGCAUAGACUACACUAUAGUUCAAAGUAAUAACGAUAUUUAUCCUGUGAAAAAAAAUAGCCAUAUGAAACCUAAAUAAUGCCGAGUUGUUCAAAAACUCCUAUUAUGAUAGCACAAAAUCUUAUGAGAAUUUGUACAUUCAAACAGCAGCCGUUUCAAUUUUGACAAAUAAAUCAAGUUUCUUUGUAGGUUUCAGAAAGAAGCAAUAAUAUACGCGUUUUCAUCUACUUUAUGACUCGUAAUCAAAGGCUUUUCAUUAAUAGACGGAAAGAGGCCCCAUAACGACGAAAAAAAAACAAUAGUCGUAACGACUGCCAUUUCCGGUAGCACUUAAAUGAUUACUGUAAAAGACCACAGUUUAUCACAUUAUUCAAGCGUUUUAUAAUGCAUCAUAAACGGUUAUCGUAACAUUAGUCGUUGCCCACGGUUUUCAUAUGGUUUACAGACCAUUGCAUUCGAUACGAUAAAAGUUAUAUUUUCGUUUUUUUUCCCUUACAAAAGUCUUUUUGUAUUCGUUUAUUCAUGUUAAUUAUUUAAUAAAAUUUACACCAUUCUAUGAUACGUUUCUUAGUAACUUCUUUCGUGAAAAUUCUAAAGAUUUUGGGAAAGAUAUAUCGUAGUCUAAAUUGCAAGAAUCGAAAUAUAGUUGACAUACUCAAGUGAUUCAUUAAGAUCUAACAAAAAUUACAGUAUAAAUUAAUAAAAGGAACAUUUUUAUGUCGACUUUACUUUGACUUUUGCAAUACUAACAACGAUGCAUCUUUCCCGAAAUCUUUAGAAUUUUCGGCAAAAAAGUUACUAAGAAAUGUGCAAUAACAAUGGUGUAAAUAUGAAAAAAAAGAAUAAGGAUAAACGAAUAGAAAAAGAUUUUCGUAGAGAAGUAAAGCACUUUAAUAUUGAUAAAACAUAUUGUGUGAAACACGUUCUUGAAUGGUUUCUUUGCCUUGCUAAUAAAAAAAAGACAUGUUUCAACGAGUUUGAAUAAAUAUGUUGUAAAAAUCUAGCGAAAAGAUGCGAAUCUUGUAACAAAGACGAAUUUCUGUGUUUUUUUUGAGAGCAUAAUAACUGCCUGUUCAUGCAAGUGCAAACAAAGUUCAAUCAAGAUCUAUUAUGCAAUGAAACCUGUAGAUGUUGAGUUGGAUAUUAAUUUUUUUUCUUUUAAUCUGUCAAACAUAAUGAAUACUUGUCGCCAGAGGGCAUAUAAUCUAAGCGAGAUGUAUCCUUUCCGAUUUAUAAUUAAUUUCAUCACACAUUGUCUCUAGCAGAGAAUUCUGUUGACAAAGAUGAAGCUUCUAGAAGAAAAACGUGAAAAACAAUUUUUUUAAUGUAUGACACGUAUCUGUGAAGCAAAAUUUUCUCGCUAUAUAAAGUGAAGUAAAAUAAUCACAACGUCAUUUCUUAGAAAUGUCAAACGUAGAUACGAUCGAUCUUGUUACGCGUUGGUUCAAUUACACACUUUCGAUACCAAUAAUUAUCUUGGGUAUCUUUGGAGCUAUUCUAACUGUUUUAGUUUUCAC